AUGGCAUCUCUUGCACCACCAUCAACCACCGCAAAACCCUUCUCUUCUUCUUCUUCCACUUAUUCUUCUUCAUUCUCUUUCAAAUCAUCUCAAAUUCCCAUUUCAAGAGAAAACCGCAUUAAUCGCCAUGCAAUAAUUUCAUGCAAAACCCUAGAUGACAACAAUAACAAUAACCACAAUGAAAACGUUAACUCCAACAAAGUUGAUAGGAGAAACAUGUUAUUAGGCCUUGGAGGUCUUUAUGGUGCAGCCGCCACCCUCGGGUCGGAUUCACUAGCCUUUGCUAAGCCGAUCGUGGCACCGGAUAUCACGAAAUGUGGCGCGGCUGACAUACCACAAGGUGCUAAACCCAUGAACUGUUGUCCUCCAUCCGCUAGUAAAAUCAUUGAUUUUAAAAUUCCUCCACCUUCAGCCACACGAGUUCGGCCUGCAGCUCAUUUGGUUAGUAAAGAUUAUAUAUCGAAAUUUAAUAAAGCAAUCGAGCUCAUGAAAGCUCUUCCUGAUGAUGAUCCUCGUAGCUUUAAACAACAAGCCGCGGUUCAUUGUGCUUAUUGUGAUGGUGCUUAUGAUCAAGUCGGUUUCCCGGAUCUUGAACUUCAAGUUCACGGGUCAUGGCUGUUUUUACCUUUUCAUCGAUACUAUUUAUACUUUUUUGAAAAGAUUUGUGGCAAGUUAAUUGAUGAUCCAACUUUUGCCAUCCCAUUUUGGAAUUGGGAUGCACCGGAUGGAAUGAAAAUUCCUGAUAUCUACACGAAUAAGAAGUCUCCCUUGUACGAUUCUUUUCGUGAGGCUAGGCAUCAACCACCAUCUAUAAUCGAUCUUGAUUAUAAUGGGGUUGAUGAGAAUUUAAGCAAGUCAAAACAAGUGUCUACAAAUCUCACAAUCAUGUAUAGACAAAUGGUGUCUAGUGCAAAGACUGCUAGUCUUUUCAUGGGCAGCCCCUAUCGUGCUGGCGAUGAGGCUAGCCCAGGUGGGGGCUCUCUUGAGAGCAUACCACAUGGACCGGUCCAUAUCUGGACCGGAGACAGUACCCAGCCUAACGGCGAGGACAUGGGUAACUUUUAUUCCGCAGGUAGAGAUCCUCUUUUCUAUGCACAUCAUGCAAAUGUUGAUAGAAUGUGGUCAGUUUGGAAGACCCUAGAAGGAAGACAUCAAGAUUUUACAGAUACAGACUGGCUUGAUUCGUCAUUUUUGUUUUAUAAUGAAAACGCUGAGAUGGUUCGUGUCAAGGUGAGGGAUUGUGUUGAUUCAAAAAAUAUUGGCUAUGUUUAUCAAGAUGUGGAAACACCAUGGCUAAAUAGCAAGCCGGUACCACGAGUCAAAAGGGUUUUGAGCAAGAUCAAGAAACUUGGUUCGGCUCGAGCUGAUGAUGAACACCAUCUCUUUGCUAAAGAUGUUUUCCCAACAACUCUUUAUAAUAAGCCGAUCAAAGUGUUGGUUCCUAGACCAAAGAAGUCUAGAAGCAAAAAACAAAAAGACCAAGUAGAAGAGAUCUUGGUGAUUGAAGGGAUUGAAGUUAAGAGAGACGUGUUUGUGAAAUUUGAUGUGUUAUUGAACGACGAAGACGAAGGGACAAGUGCCACGGCCGAUAAGACAGAGUUCGCCGGAAGUUUUGUGAAUGUGCCUCAUAAGCAUAAGCAUGGGAAGAGUGUGAAGACGAAAUUGAGGUUAGGGAUUAGUGAGCUUUUGGAUGAUUUGGAUGCUGAUGAUGAUGAAAAUGUGUUUGUGACAUUGGUGCCUAGAAAUGGAGGUGAUGAGGUUUCCAUUAAAGGAAUUAAAAUCGAGCUUGAAGAUUGA